GGGUCUUCCUAAGCCGACUCGCGGAGCCCGAUCUGGUCGCCUCUAUAAAACCCUAAACUUAAUCGUUACUCCGUCUCCUCCGACGGGAAUAGAGCGGAGCGGGGAUUUGUGCAUCGUUCUCAGCGUGCGUCGGCGGAGAGCAUGGGAAAAGCUUCCAAGGACAAAAGGGAUAUCUACUACCGUAAGGCAAAGGAGGAGGGAUGGCGCGCGCGGAGUGCUUUCAAGCUCCUUCAGAUCGACGAGGAGUUCAACAUCUUUGAAGGAGUAAAACGCGUAGUUGAUCUGUGUGCAGCUCCUGGCAGCUGGAGUCAGGUCUUGAGUCGAAGAUUGUAUCUUCCAGCAAAAUCGUCACCAGAUUGCAGGGACAGUGAUCUUCCACUUAUUGUUGCAAUUGAUUUACAGCCUAUGGCUCCUAUAGAUGGUGUUAUUCAAGUUCAGGGUGAUAUCACUAAUGCUCGAACUGCUGAAGUGGUAAUCAGACAUUUUGAUGGUUGCAAGGCAGACUUGGUUGUCUGUGAUGGUGCUCCGGAUGUUACUGGUCUUCAUGAUAUGGAUGAAUUUGUUCAGUCUCAACUUAUAUUGGCAGCACUAACAAUCGUUACUCAUGUACUUCGAGUUGGUGGAAAAUUCAUUGCAAAGAUAUUUCGGGGUAAAGAUACAAGUCUUCUCUAUUGCCAACUGAAAUUAUUUUUUUCUCAUGUUACCUUUGCAAAGCCAAAAAGUAGCCGUAACUCAAGUAUAGAGGCAUUUGCAGUUUGUGAGAACUAUUCACCUCCUGAAGGAUUCAGUGAGAAAGAUUUGUAUCAUCUUUUGGAAAAAAUUGGCAGUCCUUCUGGUGUUGAAGAUUUAGAUCUCGAACUGGAAACACGGAAUUCAACACCAGAUGGGGGAAGCCUGACAGUCGAAAAAAAGUCAACACAGCAGAACCGUUUCUAGAGGAGAGAGCUGGAAGUGUGCUGGUGUGGUACAAAGCUAAUAGAAAAAUUGAUGGUCGAGCUGCUAUCCAUAAAGUUUGCUUGCAGGAUGAGUCUAGCACGACCUCCUCGACGAGGAGUUGAGGAACUUGAUGCAGUCUUCUAGGGCCUCCGACAGGUGAGAAUCUCCAGAAGGAGCAAACCUCUGUGGAGUCAUGUCGGCGUAAACAUUGGACGGUGGCUGUCUUCUGCUUCUGGAGAUGAGGUGCAGGGCCGUUGACGUCCUGGUAUCGAGAAGGCGGAAGAAUCUUACCGCCGAGACACGUGCGCUCCGGAGCAGCCGAAAGGGAAAGCCUGUGAGGCCGUGCUUCUCCUUCGAAUCCCUGGAAUGUAUGCUGGAUGUGAGAGAGAUGGUAGGCUUCUCAUUGACAUUGUCGAGGCGGAAGGCCAUGCGCCUAUCGCACUACAGCAUCCGACUGCCAGAGCUACAGAGAUGGUUCUGCCACAGAAGGGCAGCGAGACAUUUAUGGCGAGGCAUCUGCAACAUGCCAAGCAAAGAAAUAAAGGUGGGGAAAGGCGAAGAGGGGUAGAGACUACAGAGGAGGAGGUGAGGUGGGCUGGACUGUUGUUUCAAGUGAGUGUGCAGUGGAUGAUGCCUGAUAGAAAAGAGUAAAAGUGCGAAUCGUUGUGGAACGCUAACUGCGGCGGUAUAUGCUUGGGGUAUGGUGGUAGAAGAAUCUUAUCAUCCUUGAAGCAAGUGAAAGCCCGGCCAUGAAUGUGAGAAAGAAAAGGGUCGUGAUGCUACAUGACAGUUUGAAUACCUCGUCCCCAAUUCCUUCAUUUCUUUUGAGGUACGUUUGCUUGGACCUCCUCAGUCUCUCUCUCUCUCUCUCUCUCUCUGUUAUGGUGAGUGCACCGAGUUCAGAGCUCGCGUGCUCUUUCCAUGGAGCUCUUUGGGUCCAUGGACGACCAUUUUGCCCGGGUCCUUUUGCCUCACAAUACAUAUUCUUAGGGCCUCUGACAGAACCUUUAUGUUAAUAUGUUAAGAGCAUAAUGUUUCACUCACUGGUUCGAGCAUAUUACUUCGUGUAUGUAACCGGAGUAGGGGUCUGCCUUGCAUGAGAAAACUAUGUAAGCCGAUCCAACAUCCGCCUUCAUCUUCAGGAAGGCUACCCUUCGAACCAGCAGUGUUGCUUGCCUCCAUUUGGUCGAAUACCUCUUUCUCAGCAAGCUUCACAUAUUAUGUCCUCGAAUGCUAAGCCAACCGGACUUGUUUUUGUUCCCGGAAAGCGCUCUGGUAGCGUACAACCUCCGACAUAAUCAUUUAAAUAUCUUCAUUGAAGAUUUCGGAGUACACUGGCUAGACUGUGUGAAUUAAUUGUAGUCAAUAAUGUGAAGACAGGUAGAUAAGGAAUGAUGUGAUUGCUCUUAAUCUGACUGGUGGCUUUGCGUUCAAUAAAAAAAAAAAAGGGAGGUGGGGUGGGGAGCAGAAAAGAACCACAAAACAGUGGUUGUCGUUAUUCUUGAACAACUUAUACUUGGUGGCAUUGCCCUCGAGUGCAUUGUGUUCUAUUAGAUUUAUUCCCUGUUGAUAGUCUAUAUCAUUCAUGUACAACCAACCAUCUCCGGAUUAUUUUCAGAGAAUGCAAUAUCUGAUGAUUUUGAUAUCA